AUGGCGGAUGACGAGGAAGAGACGCGACAGGCCGAGCUGCAAGCCCUUUUCACGGCACGUACUACCGCCAAACGCAGGCACACUAACCUCGCUAGAAGAAUUAAUACGAUAAUUCAAAAUGGCACGUCUCGUGCAGAACUAAACGAUCUCCUGGCAUCGCUAAGCCAAGCGUACGCAAGCCUAGUAGACGUACACGAACGCUUCGUGAUGGUCUCACGGCUUGACGGUGAAGAUCUCCACGCGGCGCAAGUUUAUUUGGAAAGCGUCCAAAUAUUACACACCGCUUGCCUCGGGCAUGUUGAGCGUGCACAAAGGGCAGGUGCAGCAGGAGGAUGGAAUGUAUCCGUAAACGUUAACGCGACAAGUCACAGCGCCCGAGAUGAGAUACCUGACAACGACGAUGAUAUACCUGUCAACGACGAUGAGCAACAAAACGCGCCAGUCGCGCCCAAUCGAAACGUUGCAUUCGCCAUUGAAAACGACAGUCAAGUAAAUAACGAUGCCACCGGCCGCCAUAACCUGGAAACAAACUUCGAGUCUAAUCCGAAAAUCGACCAAGUCGCGUUGGCUAAGCGACGAAAACUCGAUCUCAAAUUUUUGUUGCAACAGAAGAAGGUUCAAAUUGAGCGUGAGCAUAUGGAUCUCGAAACUAAAAGCCGGAGAGAACAAGAAGACAUCUUAUUCCAAAUUCAAAAGGAAGAACAGCUGCUUGCCUUUCUGCAACCAGUAGCGACAGCAAGUAGCAAUUUGUGUUCCACCCCAAUCGAAACGCGUCAAAACAAUUUUUUCGCCGGAGUUUCGUCUGUCAAUGCCCCGUUUCCCGUUUUGACACCCCUUGCACCUAAUGUAACAGAAGAAUGCAUUCCACUUUCAUCGCGAACGCAGCCCAUUUUCGCCCCAUCGUCAACAUACGCUCCUUCACACCGUUGGCCCAAGCUGGUUGUAGCAAAGUUCGACGGCGACCCUCGCGGCUGGACCAAAUACGCACGUAAUAUCAAUGCAACUCUUGGAGAAACUAGCAUGCCAGACUCGCUUAAACUACUAGCGCUACAAGAAAGCUUAAUGGAAGUAAUUCAAAGGCGGAUGGCCCAUGUCUUCACCGGUUCUCGAGCGUUUCAAGCCGCAUGGGCAGAAAUUGAAUCCAAAUACGGCAACCCUGGCUUAAUAAUCCAGGCUCAUAACCAGCAUCUGCAGCAGCUCGCACCUUUCAAAACCGGCGAUUUCAGCGGGCUCUUCGACAUGGCGACAGCCGUUCGCGACGCAGUUUCAAGUGUUAGUCCCGAAAACUGCAUUAUGUUCACCUCGGUUAUCGGUUCGCUCCCCGCGAAAAUGCCAAUGCAUCUGCAGACUGACUGGGGCAAGCUCGCCUACAGCCUUAAGCGAAUGCCUACGAUUAUUGAUUUCGACAGAUGGAUAGAUACAGUUGUCGGAGCCGAAGAACUACGUGGUGCCAAGUUAACGUUAAACAGCAACCAGGCCGUCAAGACUCCAGCCGCUAAUUACACUCGCAACAACAUCCAAUCGGCCGGCAGUAGCAAUUACAACAAUCGCGGUCCAACAAUUCUCGCUGGGUCAUUAUUGCCUAACACCGCGACAGAAUGUUCCGCUUGUCACGAAAAAGCUGGCCAUCGCCUCGAAAGCUGCAACACGUUCACCCGCAUGCUCGUGAACACCCGAGCAACACUGUGCGCCACGAAUAACCGUUGUUUCAAGUGCCUCAUUCGCGGACACUAUGCAACCAAGUGCAGAAAGCCCUACAAUGGUUGUAGCGAAUGCGGUGGCCCCCACCAUCUCCUGCUUCACGGUGCCGACCGCCAAUUCCCAGCUGCUUCAUCAAAGCAAGGUAACAAUUUAAGUGUCCUAUUAGUUCACGCGCCGCGUAACAGCAUCGGGCCAGUCCUGCUGGCAAUAGUUCGAGUAAUAGUCGAAGCUGGUAAUCGUUCUCGCACAGUAUUUGCCGUUCUCGACCCCGGAAGUGAAGCAACCCUUGUAACGCGUUCAUUGGCGGACCGUUUAAACUUAAAGGGCUAUCCCACCAAAAUUCAUUUCGGUUCCUUUGCCAGUUCGACGCUGCUCGACACAUCCGUAGUGUCAUUUCGGUUGCGCUCAGCGGAAAGCAAGCACUCCUUCGCACUGGAUGAGGCGUUCGUGGUCCCAAAUAUCAAUCUCUCACAUCGAAAAAUUAAUUGGCCGAAAAUGAAGUAUGGAUGGCCGCACCUCGCUUGUUUACAAUUACCAGCAAUCGACUCAACUAAGGUCGAACUCUUGAUAGGAAUGGAUCUACCAUCAGCCCACCAAACACUUCGUGUAAUUACACCUCUUGCCAAUGAAGACGGGCCUUCGGCACACGAAACGUGCUUUGGCUAUGCAGUUGUUGGAAAAAUUCCCCGAUCCCUUGUUUCUGGUCCAAGCCUUAAAAUAGACGUCAACCUCGGUUCUACAGAAGUGGAACCGUCGCUAGCAACCACCGUUGAACGCUUCCAGUCAAACCAGUCAUUCGGCGUCGUUGUAAAAUCAAAAUCGAAAAAAUCCCAGGAAGAAGAAGAUCAGCAGAUGUUAAACGUGAUCAAGCGGUCAAUAAAAUUCGUUGGAUGUGGCUACGAAAUUGAGCUACCCAUUCGACCAGAAGUGUCCGUCGUUCCAAACAACCGAAGUCAAGCGCUUUCUCGAUUUUUUGGCGUCGAGCGCCGCCUCGCGGAGCCGGCGAUGCGUGACGUGGCAUCAAAUUAUGAAAAGAUUAUGCAGAAUCUCAUUUCGUCCGGCACCGUGAUUGCUGUGUGCCAGUCCGACUUAUGUGAACCACAGGGUAAAAUCUGGUAUCUCCCGCAUUUUUUUGUAGUAAACCCCAACAAGCCACAAAAAAUUCGUGUAGUGUUUGAUGCUAAAGCACGUUUUUGUUCGACCUCGUAUAAUUCCAUCAUGUUGCGCGGACCGCCAUCUAUUCCCAGCUUAGUCGGUGUGCUUCUGCGCGCUCGUCAGUUUCGUGUUGCGCUUUCCGCCGAUAUCACAGCGUUUUAUCAUCGCAUCGGCGUAGCCAGUCAACACCAGCCCCUGCAGCGUUUCGUUUAUCGAAGAUUCGGCAGCAAAGAGCCAAUACUGACGUAUCAAUUCACUACCCUAAUUUUUGGAGCUGUAUUCUCAUCAUCCGCGGCCGUUUACACGCUACAACAUGCAGCCAGCGAAUGUGCUGCCUUUCCUCAAGUUGCGGCCAAGAUGCCAGACAACUUCUACUCAGACAAUCUUAUCGACUCCUUCGAAACAGAGGAUGAGGCGAUUAAAUUCAGCAUGGCGGUAAGGCAAUCCCUCGAAGCUGGUGGAUUCAGUUUGACGGCAUUUGCUUCGUCUGCUCCGCGAGUGCUCGAAAGCAUUCCCUUGCAUCAAAGGUCAGCUAGCGUUUUAGACCUCAACGUGGACGCCUUGCCGGUAGAAUACCAUCUAGGAAUCGAGCUAGAUCUAACAACAGAUUCGUACAGUGUCAGGGUCAAAACGAUGCCCCAAGUGUCCACUAGAAGAGAAAUGCUAGCUGCCAUGUCGCUGACGUUCGACCCGCUUGGGAUCUGUCUCCCGGUUAUCGCUGGGGCUAAAUUACUGUUUCAGCUUACAAACAGAUUGGAGAGAAACGCUCGCGGGUGGGACCAGCCUUUGCCAGCAGACCUGCUGGAAAAGUGGAAUGUUUGGGCAGAUGGGUUGGCCAAGCUAUCGUUCCCUAAUGUGAGCAGAUGUUUCCGCCCCGCCGAUUUACCAUUUUUGGGCUCUGUAUCUCGGCUGAUCGUGUUUGCUGACGCGUCAUCAGUCGCGUUUGGAGCGGUCGCCUACCUCCGCACACAAUUGAAUAACAAGGUCCAUGUAAGUUUCGUGAUGGCAAAAGGUCGUUCAGCAUCAUUGAGGCCAACGACAAUUCCGCGGAUGGAGUUACAGGCGGCUGUACUGGCCGUGCGCUUGUCAGCACUAAUAAAAAAAGAACUCCGCAUCCCAAUUGCUUCUGUUGAAUAUCACACCGACUCUCAGAUCGUUUUAUGGCAGCUGCGAUCCGAUGACCAUGGACGUCCGUCAUUCGUGCGCGCAAGAAGAGAGGAGAUCCUCGCCCACUCGGCACUCAACGACUGGCAUUUCGUUCGUAGUAGCGAUAACCCGGCCGACGAAUGUACUCGCGGUGUCACACCAAAAGACUUUGGUCCUGGUUGCCGUUGGAUUACUGGCCCCUCUUUUCUCAUGGAUCCAUCCUAUGUUGCAGAGCCAUUGGACCAUCGCGCCACUAAACCUUCUGAAAAGGAAGACGAUGAAACACUGACCAUCAGCAUUGGGCAUCUGGAUGUCGCGCCAUAUUGCUGCCACCCGAAGGCAGCCGCCGUAUCUAAGCUCAUAUCCCACGCCACGGAACUAAGCAUUCUGAAACGCGAAGUUGCCCAGCUGGUGCGACACGAUCCGGCCACGCAAGCGGAGCCGACCGUUGGAGAGCUUGCAGAAGCCCUUCGUGUGUGCUUGCUGGUCUCCCAAAGUGAAGUUUUCGUGCGCGAGUGCAAGGCCCUUCUUAACGGAACCGAAAUUCCUCGAAAUUCAGUGCUGCGGCGUGUUGGCCCAUACAUCGAUCCGGAUUGUGGCUUAAUGAAAGUGGACGGAAGGUUGGAGCACGCCGAACUCCCGGCGCGCACUCGUCACCCAACUAUAAUUGCACCGAACCACCCGAUGACCAGGUUAAUCAUAGAAGAUUGUCACCAAAAAGUGCAGCACUCCGGCGUUGAGCACACCUUAAGCAUCUUGCGCGAGCAAUAUUAUCUCCCCCAGGGUCGCAGGGCCAUCCGUCGGGCAUUGAGAAAAUGUGUCAAGUGCAAGCUCUUACGUUCCCUGCCCCAAGCACCGAAAAUGGCAAGCCUACCAAAAGAACGUCUUUAG